CUCGACUAAAGCUGCUAGUCACUGUUGUUGUCCAUUUCACACAGUUCCAUUUCAGCACCUCACAGUGAAAGAUGCCAUCAAACAAGGAGUACAUUUUCUAUGGUGGUCAGCUGAGAUCCAACAUUCAUUGCGGUCAUUCCUCCCUCGGAGCAUUGAUCAUCCAACGUUUGAAAGAACAUGGACACGAUGUGGCUUUCAUUGAUGCAUUAUCCGGCCGAACGUUCACCUACCAGCAAGUGCUGGACAAGGCGUUAAGGGUUUCCGAUAAGUUGAAGCAAUAUGGAAUCAACAGAAGGUCCAUCAUUGCCAUUAUGAGCGAGAAUCGUCUCGAAUACCCUAUCGUCGCAUUUGCUGCCAUAUUUUUGGGAGCCAUAAUCAUGCCGCUAAAUCCAAACUAUACUCCGACGGAGCUCCAGCAUGUUCUGAAACUGACAAAUCCUGAAAUAAUCUUCGCAUCCCGCUCAGCUUUAGGCACACUUCGGAAGAUCAAAUCACAAUAUCCGUUUAUUAAGCUACUGAUUUCGCUUGAUGACACCAGCUCCGAUUCCGAGGGGAUAAAACCCUUCCACGACUUUCAGAAGCAUUCCACUAGUUCGUUGAUCACUCCCGAGCCGGUGAUCCUUAAGAACGACGUCACCUUGAUGGUGCUCUCAUCCGGAACCACUGGGCUACCGAAGGCCGUCCAGUUAACUCACUUCAACGUUAUGACCGUGGUGGCCUACAUGCGUGAAGAUCCCCGCUACACCGAUUUACCGGUUUCGAUUCGGCUGCUAGGCCUCCUUCCGUUCUAUCACGUCUACGGAUUCAUGCUAAUGUUAAACGUGUGCUGUAAUCGCUACUCGAUGGUGGUACUUCCUCGCUUUGAACCGGAAUUGUUCUUGCGAAGCAUCCAAGACCACCGGGUUACGAUGGCCAACCUGGUACCACCAUUGGUAGUCUUCCUGGCCAAACAUCCAGCUGUUGAUCGGUACGAUAUGAGUUCGCUACGAGCGGUACUUUGCGGAGCAGCACCGCUUAGUAGGGACAUCGAGUUACAAGUGAUUCGUAGACUACCUCACAUUAAGACAAUCCGUGUCGCGUACGGGAUGAGUGAGGCGUCCUUAGGAGUGAUAUCAAAGGUCAACGAUAAAAUCGGAACCGUGGGGCGGGUUCAUAAAACUAGCUGGGUGAAGGUUGUUGACACUCAGAGCGGUCAAAUCCUAGGGCCUUAUCAGAUCGGUGAAAUCUGUAUAAAGGGUCCAUUGGUUAUGAAAGGGUAUUUUAGAAACAAACAAGCUACACAGGAGACAAUCGAUGCUGAGGGCUGGUUACACAGUGGAGAUACCGGAUACUUUGAUGACGAAGGUGACUUCUUCAUCGUUGAUAGGAUCAAGGAUUUGAUCAAGUAUAAAGGUUUCCAGGUGGCACCGGCUGAAGUGGAAGACGUUCUGCUGAGUCACCCGAAGGUGCGAGAUGCAGCCGUGGUAGGUAUUCCUAGGGAGGAUAGUGGAGAACUGCCAACCGCGUUCGUAGUUCUACAGGAUGGAGAAAAGUUUUCUGAAAUCGAAAUCCAAGAACAUGUAGCUUCCAAGUUGUCACCACAAAAGCACCUCCGAGGGGGUGUAUACUUCGUAGAAGAGAUACCGAAGACUGGAAGCGGUAAGAUACUUCGCCGUGAGCUACGGGAUCGCCUUUCUGGGAACGCAAAAUCGAAACUGUGAACGAUUAUG